AUGAAUAAAUUCAUUUAUUUAAUGCUUUUACCCAUGGUGCUGGGCAAAAACAUGAACAUAGGGGGGAGAAGUCAACUCUCAAUCAAAUCCAGCGAAUCGUACACUUUCCAUUCGACUCCAGCAACCUUCGAAGAAGCCAAAAGUAUAUGCAAACAAGAAGGUGGAAGUCUUGCUGUCGUUACCUCCGAGGAUGCAGAAGAUGAAAUGCUGAAGAUUUGGAGGCAUUCAAGCCCUAUUCUAGACCCGACAAAUGGAUUGACUUCACAAGCUUACAUCGGGAUCCAUAGCUUGAAUGUAGAAGGUCACUGGGAAACAAUCGAUGGAAAAUCUCCAAAAUACAUCAAUUGGAGUCAAGACUGGGCAGGUGGACGACAACCGAGCACCCCUAGCGUUCAAAAGUGUGGUAGUUUGUUAAAACAAGGAGGAAUGGAUGAUGUAGAAUGUUCGUUUAAGCUCGGUUUCUUCUGCACAAAGGAGUGA